AUGGCCGCCACGCAGGGUGCGUUCUUUCCUAUCAGCGAGCUGUCGACCUACAAUCCCAAGUGGACCAUCCGCGCCCGGGUCACGUCGAAGUCGCAGACGCGGACUUUCCGCAACGGGGACGGAAAGGUGUUCUCUGUCGAUCUGUUGGAUGCCGAGGGUGGCGAGAUCCGCGCGAGCUUCUUCAACGACGCAGUGACCAAGUUCGGCGACAAGCUUCAGAAGGGCAAAUGCUUCACAUUCUCGGGCGGCAGCGUGCGGGUUGCAAACCGGCAAUACAACCAGUGCAACCACCGCUACGAGCUGUCGUUCGACAAGGCCUGCCAAAUCGAAGAGGUCGGUGAGGUGGCACAGAUCCAGACGCACAUCUUCAAGAUAACAGGACUUCGUGAGGUACAGUCGAAGACUCUGCCGUGCACGACCGACCUCUGCGGCGUCAUCGUGGGCUUCCAGCCAAAAUUCGCGUUCACGUCCAAGGCUGGCCAGGAGCUCGUGAAGCGCGAGAUCACCGUGGCUGACGACACAGCGACCAGCAUGAUGGUCACGCUCUGGGGCGACCGCGCGAAGCAGGAGGACUCCACGUUUGCCGGCAACCCGCUGGUCGCGAUAAAGGGCGUCCUCGUCAAGGAGUGGAACGGCGGCCGCAGCGGGUCGCUGCUGGAGUCUGGCGACCUCCUCUUCGACGCCCAGCUGCCCGAGGUGCAGAGGGUGAGGCAGUGGUGGUCGGAGGGCGGGUCCAGCAGCGAGGUCAAGGCCCUCUCCGCCUCCGGCCCGGGCGGGCGCGGACCCUCCGGCACCGCGGCGGAGGACCUGGGCGACAUGCGGCGCCAGUCCGAGCAGGUGCUCGGAGACCAGGGGAGGGUGUUCUCGGUGGUGGCCCGGCUGUCCCAGGUUCAGCUGAGGAAGCAGGGGGAGCCGCAGCCCAUGACCUACAUGGGCUGCCAGGAGCCGAGAGAGGGCAGCGGACUCCCCUGCAACCGCCGCGUCGACGAGAGCGGCUUCUGCGCCGCCUGCAACCGUGCUGGCAGGUGUGCCCCCCGGCUCACGCUCCGCUGCAAGUUCUCCGACUUCGCGGACAGCCCCUGGCUGACUACCUUCCACGAGGCCGCGCAGAAGGUGGUGGGGCUGAGCGCCGAGCAGAUCAAGGCGCUGGAGGACGGGGAGGGCCGCGAGGCCGCGGAGGCUGCCAUCCGCAGGGCGUACCUCCGGGAGCCCAUGCAGCUGACCGUGCGCGCGAAGCUCGACAGCUACAACGGCGAGGCCCGCACCAACGUGACGUGCAUCGACGCGCGGCCGCUGUCACUUGGCGAGCGGGGCCGGGCGAUGCUUCAGGAGAUCAGCCUGAUGACAUUGAAGGCUUGA